UCUCCUCACUGAGUGCAGAAGAGACUCUUCUCACAAUAUCACACACUCACAUAAAGGCAAGGACACAGGGGCUUUUAAACACUCGCAUCCAGAUAGGUAUUUUGGGACCAUGUCCAAAAAAAGAUUUUCAUGCUGCAAUGGAACUUGGUGGGCCAUUUAACCCUUAAUUUUAUUGAACACUUCAAUCAAGGAAAUGGAACAUCAGUACUUGCAUGCUCUAAAUAUGAUGAAUAUUUAAAUACUUCAAAAAGGAGCUUUUCUUAACACCCAUCAUACAAGACUAUAAGAACAACUGGAUUGGAUUUCAAAGAUGAGCUUGAAAAGAAGAAAAUCGAACAUGGCAUUUAGCUGGCAUAAGUCGUUUUCCAUCCUCACACCUUGGAGGAAAGGCAAAGGGGACAUGACCUUAGAAAGUGAGGUUGUGCUGACGAAGAUGAAGCUCUUCAAAAACGUCCAUGAGAAACUCUUAAAUACAGAGGACUCUGUGUCAAACAUGUCCAUGUCUAUGCAGGAUAUCCCUAUACCACUCCAGGCUGUAGAAGCAAUCUCUCUCAACAGUGCAACACCUGAACCAAACAUAGUGGAGUCAAAGAAAGACUAUUUAUCUGCAAUUUUUUCCAGUUCCCAGUUGCCGGGUUUAUACAAAUUUGAAUCGGAGGACUCUGGGGUAGAGAUGCACAGUGGAGCAAAUUCACCAUCUACUCCAACAGGUUCUGAGCAGAGUUUUGUCAUUCACAGUAGAGAGUCUUCAUGUGACUCUGGCAAUCCAAACCCUCAUAUACGAGCCAGCAGUUGUCUUCUCUCCCUGGAAAAGAGCACAGACUCAUUACAGACUGAACCAGAAUCAUGUACAUGUGCCCAAGAAACCAUGCUUAUGGUAUUACAAGACGGACCACAGGAUGAGCUGGAUCACGUUCAACAUGAGGUUGUAAGAGAUUCAGAAAUGUUAGCGAAUGGACUCAUGGUGAAAGCACCAGAAAGCGCUGAGGAUGUCUCUUUAUGUGUAGAGACAGCAGAUACAAUAACAGAAGCUGAUGCUGCUGAGGACACAGGAUUAAUUCUCCAUGCCAUUGACGCAUAUGACAGGAAUGUGGAAGUGGAUUUGCAACAGCAGCCAUUAAGGAAAAGUACAACGAGUGACAGUCUGGAUGAAUACAUGGAGCAGUGCUGCAGACUUAGUGAGGUAAACCAGGAUCAGUCCAACCCACUGGGCUCAGGACUGGGCUACCUGGAACACAUCUGUCAGCUUAUUGAGAAAAUUGGACAGCUUCAGGAGCACAAUCUCAAACUGCAGAAACAGAUCUGUAUCCUGCAGAAGGACAGCAAGAUGAUAAAAACUAAAGAAGAUUUCUUUGUGCAGCAUUGCCAUUGUGGAGCAGCCGGCUUGGCAUUUCAGGAGCUGAAGAGACAUUCACGCAGUGACUACACCAGUCUAACAUCAUCCAGUGGCACAUUGUCUGACCUAACUACCAUCCCUGAGGGCACACAUAUCCCUCUCAGGCCAGCCUUCAGUGAUUGUGAAGGAGGCUGCCCACAAACCGUGCCAGUGUGGAGAAAAGGUUUUACCAGAAGGAGCUAUACCGAGGGGGAGGCUAGAUACCUGUGUGACAGCUCAGAGGUUUUCUCUGCUCCCCAUAGACGGCCAGAGAACUAUGCAUGGGGCAGGGUGAAGGAUUUGGUGAAAAAAAGCAAGAUGAGAAACCAAAGCAGACUGGGUCUGUCCUCCAGCUCGUUUAAGAUGUCAUGUCCACAGUUAUACCGGCCUGAAUUGGGGCAAAGCGAGCUGUCCAGAAGAGACAGGAGCUCUAUGAUUGUCCUCGGGCAUCAAAAAUUGGACUAUAAUUGGCCUCACUGGCAUUGAUCAGCUGGACACUGAACAGAUGGCGGAUGAUGAGAAAACAUUUCCCUGAAGAGGAGGACAUGCUGAAGUUGAACAGAACAUGGGCAAAAGAAGAACAAGGAAAGGAAGAACAUGAUGAUGUUGAUGAGAAAGUGAUCUGUGAUUGAUAAGAGAAGGGUACAGACAGACAUUUGAAGUGACCCUCUUGUGACGAUCAGGUGUGGCUCACACCCACAAAUUCUGCUUGUGGAUAUGAGUAUACAAUCGACCUAUGCAUUCGACUGGUUUCUUUUCCAGUUUUUAUGUUAGAACCUAUAUAUAUAUAUAUAUAUGAAUGUUAAAAAAGUCAUAAAAGUUUUGUGCAUUUGUAUAGUGUAUACAAUGCCAAGCACAAGAGGUAUUACCAGAAGGGAGCAUGAAAUGAAAGAUUUAUUUACAUAAAUGCAAAUAAAUGUAGACAUAUUGUUUAAUUCAUCCAUAUAUUGUGUAAAAAGGAUUUUCUAUACUAUUGGCUGUGUCAGAUGACUGUUAAGCAUAUAUUUUGAAGCAAAAUGAUGGAGUAGAGCAUGGAGCUAAUGGUCUGUAGAUAUAGGUAAUAAAUAUAACUGUCAGGAAUGUGUCAAAAAUCUAACUGUUAUGUUCUGUAAAUAUGUUACAUUUACAGGACAACAUGCAGUCAUGAGCAAGACAAGCUGGCUAAAAUGUUUCUAUGCCCAGUGCAAAGCCAAAUCAGUAUAGAAAAAACAACAACAGUAGCAUUAUAACCUACUAUGUCAAACAUAGAGUUAACAAAGAAAGAAAUGUAAGAAUUAUUUGAGCAUGUUUUUGCAGUGUGUAUUUUGGUUUGUUGAAACACCAAUAAGCGCUAUUUUGUUUAUUUUAUAUUGUAUACUUGCAAUAAUGUAUUUACACGUUUACAUACUGAAUUUGUCAGAUGGCUUGUACAGAAAAAAAAGCUAUGACGUUUGAUGUACUAAAAAGAUUUUUUUUAAGAGCCGUCCAUAUACUGUGUACUGUGUACUGUGUACUAUAUAAAAAUUGAGUGAAUCUUUUAGUAUGCGUACUGCGUUCUAUUAAAAUUAUUUUUAAUAA